CAUGAGGAUGAUGCCAGCCGGAGAUAGAUGGAUUGGCGAGGGAGGAAAAAAACCUGCACAGUGACACAACUAGAGAAAAGAGGAGGCGGUUGGAGGUGAGAGUGAAACUGAGAGAGUUGCGGAACAAAGAACAAAUAAAGAGUAGAGGGGAACGGGAAAUAGCCGGAAACCUGCUGCUCGCUGGUUCCUCUCUGCCCGCACUGAUGUCCGAGGCCCGUCCGGUACCAGCUGAAGACAGUCGACCGAGGCAGAGCGCACAGGAGCAGCCACUGGAGCGGAAGGCUUCGGGGAAGGGGCACCGCUGGAGCUCUUGCCUGUGACAGAGACUCUACCCAACAACAUUGCAGCUCCUAUUCCUAUUAAAGUGGAAGUGGCUGUGUCCUUUGCUAGAUCGGUGACCUGUUUUGCUGUCCAGUGAUGGACUCACCCACAGAUCUGUUUGGCGACUCUGCUCCCCAGAUACAUGCGUUUGCUCCCACUCUCACCUCUACAGAUCUCCCCGGAGUUCAUCCUCAGCCCAGUGCAGGUCGUCCUCCUCCCGCCUUUAGGCCUCCUGGCUUCCCCCUCAUCCAUCACCUCCUCCAGCCAGGUGGAGCAUCUAGGAGGAUUGGAGGGCAACUCAACGCAAACCUGAGCGCACACAGACACCUGGAAGACAGAAAUUCAGAGGAUGAUGGGGGAGACAGGGAUGGACAGGUGGAGCAAGGGAUGGAAGGAGGAGAGGAGGAAAUCCUGGAGGGAGAGGACAGCUUGUUGGAGGUUAAGAAGAGGCACAAUGAUGCUGCCCUCGCAGCAGAGUGGAGUCAAGACGUCUUGAAAGUGAAGAGGAUGAAGCUGGAGAGCCGACAGAGAGACGGAGAGGCUGAUGGAGAGGCCAAUGAGGGAGGUAGGAGGCGCGAGGGAGGGAGGGAGGGGAAGAGACGGGAGAGGGAAGAGCUGAAAGAGCAGCUGGAGGAGGCAAGAGAGAGAUUGCAGGCCCUGCAGGAGAAGGUAUGGAGGGCUUUUGGGGAAAAGCACAUGGCAGACGAGGAGAAGAAAAGGAGGCGCAGAAAUGGAAACAGAGGAGCAGCAAAUAGGGGAGACAGAGAUGUGGGGAUGAUGGAAGAGGAGGACAUUACAGAGGGCAUGUAUGAUGAAGAGGACAUUGAUGGUGGAGAGAUGGAAAAGGAAUCUUUUUCCCUUCUUUCUGCUUCCCCCUUUGAUAGCUUCCACACCCACAAGAGGAGAGAGGAGAGGCAGAAAGAGAGAGAAGGGAGGACUGAGGGAGGAAGAGGAGGAGGAGGAUUACACUUGGACGGCAUGAUGGAGGGAGCAGGGUUGUGGUUGGACUGCGGAGGACUGGUGAGAGGAGACUGGGAUGGAGGGAUAGAAGACGAGGGUGAGGAGGGAGGGCAGAAGUUUGCUCAGGCGCUGAAGCUGGAGCUGGGGAGCGCUGUGGCCCAAGUCAUCGACCGUGUUCUCCGCCUUUACACCGAAACAACGGAUUUCACUCCUUCCUCUCCCCCUGCUGCCAUCUCUUUUCUCCCAUCUGAUGUGGGAAAUGACGGAGGGAGGGAGAGGGGAGUGUGGAUGGGACUGUUAACAAGAGUCAGAGGGGAGGAAAAGACGAGAGGCAAGGAGGAAAAGAGGGGAGACCAGGAUGGAGAACGAGAGAAGCAGCUUCAGAAGAUGAGCAAUGGGAGCAUCGGGCCUCCAGGACACCCACACCGUGCUGAGCCGUCAGAUCUGACGAUGCCAUUGGCUGUUCAAAGGUCACCUGACAUACGAAAGGCCCACCCGCUCCUCGGCCCACCUCUCUCUGCUCACCUAAAUCCCUCCCACCCAAACCUCUCUCUGCAUCACCCUUCUCUACCUCGCCCACCUCCUCUUUCUCACCCGCCCCUCUUACCUCCAGCUUCACAACCCAAGGACCCCUCUUCCUCCUUCCACCCGUCUUCUUCCUCCUCUUCUUCUUCCUCUUCUUCCUUCCCCGCACCUCCCCCUCCUCCCCCUCCUCCUCCCCCUCUCCCUCUCCCACUGCUGCACUACUCCAUGCAGCAGCUCUUCUCUCGCUCUCUCCACCACCCUCAGCUCCCCCACCUGCCCCAGUCCCGCAAGGACUAUUUGAACUCCGACCCUUUCUUGGAGUUCUCGUCUCACCCCUCCUUCCCCCCGCUCCCCUUGCUCGGUCACCUGGACCCCUCCCUUGCUCGUCACGCUCAUGGAGGCAGAGAGAGGGAGAGAGGGAUGAGAGGAGAUGGGGGGAUGAGAGGAGGGGGAGGGAUGGACGGAGGGGAGCUCUACCUGACAGCUGGGGGUGUAUACACCCAGGAGGGCUUGUCUCCCUGUCAUCUGAAGAAAGCCAAGCUCAUGUUCUUCUACACACGCUAUCCCAGCUCCAACACGCUCAAGACGUACUUCCCUGAUGUCAAGUUUAACCGCUGUGUGACCUCCCAGAUGAUUAAAUGGUUCAGUAACUUCAGAGAGUUCUUCUACAUCCAGAUGGAGCGCUUUGCACGACAGGCUGUCCGCGAGGCUCUCACCCGGGAUGGUGCCCCUCGUCUGGGCAGAGAGAGUCAGCUGCGAGUGGGCCGUGAUACAGAACUUUACCGCAUACUCAACAUGCACUACAAUAAAAGUAACAUCUACCAGGUCCCAGAGAGGUUUAUUGAAGUGUCAGAGGUGGCUCUGAGGGAGUUUUACUCGGCCAUUUGGACUGGGAGGGACAGCGACCCCUGCUGGAAGAAAGGGAUUUAUAAAAUUAUCUGUAAGCUUGACAGUCCUGUACCAGAUGCCUUCAGACUGCCUGGUUGUCCUGUCGGCUGAUGAGUGAACUGCUUUGAUCUGGCACACGUACACAAAUGCACAAACGCAUGCACAAACACAAACAUAACAAAAAGAAGGGAAUACUAUAGAAGCGUCUCCGAACUGUACCAUUACAGACUGUGUAUGCUUGAGGAAAUCUAUUCAGUUUUACAGGUUGGUUAUUCACUAUUCAGUCAUUUUGAAAAUAUAAUUUAAGAUAAUAGAAUCUUUUUGCUCGACACGGUGUACAGGGAUGGGCCGACACACAGGGUCAAAAGUAGACUGGCACACUCAGUGCUGCGAUAAGAGUCUUGUGACUGCACUUAUCAAAGAAUGUGACCAUACCAUUGAAUUAGAAUGGACAGAACAGGAAUUCCCUCUCCAAACAUUCUCCAUCAGUCAGUUGAAUUGUGAAAUCUCAGUGCUGCUACGCAGGUCUCAGCUGCAGCCACAGAGCUGGAAUGGAUCUACAGGUUUUCAUAACAUUGUCAUGGACAUAUGCACGGUCCCUGCGUAUGGUGUGUCACCAUAAGAUGGCUGCUGCUUUCAGAUGUGUUCGUGAGCCACGCAUUGGCCUCACAUCAUUCAUUCACAGGAAAAUAUGACCUGCAUUCCCUGACAAUCUCUUUUAAAUUACUGUAAUUCAUGAAAACUUCAUUCAGUAAUCAAAAGUACUGCUGACAGCUGUUUACCAGACAGGGGUACUACACAAAUACAUGUUUCAAAUACAUAACAAGUUACUCAGAUUAGGUGAUUGGUCCCAUUUCCCUCAUCCUCACUCCUAUUUUCCUGUUUUCUUUAAGGAAUAAGCAGUUCUGUGCUUCUCUCCCCCAGGAGUGCUGACAGUUUUACAUUACAGACAUCAGAUAUGAUUGUUGUUUAUUAGAAACGGAAACUCCUAUUGAUGCCUUGUGUGUGGGCUUCUCUGGAGUGUCUCAGCUUUUACAUUUUAUUUGUGAGGAUACAUAACAGGCUGUUAUGUUUGCAUUCAUUUUUGUGUCCAUGUGAGAAAUCAGGCUUGAAAACAUGAGGGGUUCUCAGAAUUAAUGUUACAUAAUAUAUUGGUUAAUUUGGUUGAUUGUAUGAUUAUAACAAAACGAAGUUCACCUUGUUUCAUAGGACUAUCAUUUCAGUGGUUCCAGUCAGUGGAUUUCAUUUGCUUGUGUAUCAAUCGCUCUGUUUAGUAUUACAUUAUUAUAAAGCUUUUGUACAUGAUGACACAAUAUAAUCAAAUUGUAAUUAAAAUUCUGUCAAGAGGGACAAUAUAUUGAAUUUUAAAUGGUAAAAUUAAUGUUUUGUUGUUUCCUUGAUGUACUCUUAUUGUUGAAAUACUUACUUCUGUUUUUGAAUUCCUUUAACGUGAUGAUAAAGUUAAAUAGGCCGGUUACACAAUUAGUAUAUAUAUUGACUUUUUAUUUCCCAAAAGAUAUUGAGGAAACUUUCACUCUAUCUACCGUGUAUCAUGACUCUUAUCUAGGAGACACGUGAGUUUCUGUUCAUGAAAACGUUGGUUGACUUCUCCAGGUAGAGGCCUCCUCUGGCUUGUUCACAGCUCUGUGAAACCAGGCCCAUAUGUAAACGAUUUGUGACGUGUUCUCAAGUGCAUGUUUCCUAUAUUUCAAUUUUGUAUUGUUAUCUUGUACGUUUCUCUCUUUACUUUUGUAUUGUACAUACUGUAUUCUUUAAUGUAUAUCUGUGCCUCAUUCAGACUUUGGUGAAUUUUGAUGUUUAAACUUAUCAGUGAAUUAAAGUGAUACCAGGCUU